AAUUUUAGAAUGCUAAUUGCAAAUUUGCAAGCACCAAUUGAUUGGGGGUCAUGGGGGAGUGAUCGUUAUCGAAUUACGUGAAAACAAAUUCCAAAAUCCUAACACCCAAUCGCUCUGAUUUCUUCUUCUUUCGAAUUCGCCCACCACCGAAAUUCCCACAUUCCAUCGCACACGAAUACAGAGACAUGGGUUUCGUUUCCUUCCUCGGAAGGGUCCUCUUCGCAUCACUGUUCAUCCUCUCCGCUUGGCAAACGUUCAAUGAUUUUGAUGAUGAUGGUGGCCCUGCUGCAGAUGAACUAGCUCCCAAAGUAGCUAUCCUUCAUAGAUUUCUAACCUCAAAGUUCGGCCAUGGAGUGCCAAGAAUUGAUGUUAAGCAUUUUAUUUUGGCUGGAAUGGCCCUUAAAGGACUUGGUGGGAUCGUGUUUGUUUUCGGAAGCUCCACUGGGGCCCAUUUGCUGAUGUAUUAUCUGCUAGUUUCAACUCCCAUUUUAUAUGAUUUCUUCAACUACAAAAUCCAUGAUCCAAUGUGUCACAUGCUCCUAGCAGACUUCUUACAGAAUGUUGCAUUGUUUGGGGCACUUUUAUUUUUUGUGGAAAUGAAGAAGUUAUCUCCAAGGAAAAUGCUAAGGAAGAAGCUUCCGAAGUCUAAGACAACUUGAGUUCAAAUCAUUGUCUUUUUUUUUUUUUUUUUUUUUUUUUCAUUUUGUGCGAAUUUAUGUUUAUAAAUAUGGAAUGCACAAAAUAAGAAUGGAAAUGAAAUGAACUACACGGUCUUAUUCAAAUAAUUUUCAUUGUAAAUUUCUCUAUCUCUAUCAACUUCAAUGGUAUUACUUACAUGACAAAUAUCAUCUGCAUUUUAGA